AUGACUGACCUAAUGCAUCACUUUUCUAUCUGAAAGCACUUCGUACGCUGAUAACAUCAAUCACGGUCGACUGGGCGACUUCGAAGGAAACCUGGCAACGAAAUACGAUGUUGAAGAUCGCGAGGCGCGGAAGAAGUCUGUCUCUCAGAUGUUACAUGAGCUGUAUGAUCACGGUCAUGUUUUACGUAAUCUUCAACCUCAUAAAGUUUCACCGAACCUUACAUCAGCCUGAACGGAAGCUUAUCUAUCAUUUCGCUUAUCCCUAUGACUACGAGAAAAGUCCAAACUACGAAAUUACCUUUUUCAUACAAAUGUCUUGCGGCGCAUUUACGGCCAUUGUGAAUUCCAGUGUCGACAGCUUCGUCUCGAUACUCGUGUUGCACGUGUGCUCACAGCUGAUUAAUUUACGGACGACGCUUAACAAAACGAUCGAUAAAUUAGCUGAGAAAUCUAUAUCUUCUUCGAGGUUUCGGAGAAGCCUGACCGCGAUCGUCGUACGGCACGAGCAUCUCAUUAGGAGCGUUGAAAGGAUCAAUAACUGCUACAGUACGGUGUUAUUCAUACAUAUGAUAGCUGCCACUUUUCAACUGUGCUUUGAAACUUUUCAGAUAUUCACGAUAAUUACGGAUAAAAAUGCGAACGUCUCCAUCAUAAAAAUGGCUUUUCUUGUAUUUUAUGUCACGAUCGUUUUGACGCAUUUAUAUUUUUACUGCUACUCAGCUGAAAGACUUUUGACGGAGAGUACCAAUAUAGCGUACGGCGUAUACGAAUGCAAAUGGUACGACAUACCAUCGAGAGAUGCAAAAGAUUUGAUGUUUAUCGUAUAUCGAUCUAAGAUUCCACUGAAACUGACAGUUGGAAAAUUCGGUAUUUUUUCAUUAGAGAUGUUCGGAACGACGGUGAAAUCGUCAAUGGGGUACCUGUCUGCGUUUCUAUCAAUGAGUGAUUAGAGGGAAUAAUGAUGAUAACGUAAUAAUUCGACGUAAUUGACCACUUUCUUCCUACGUUAAAUGAAUAAAUUUAUUUGUACGCACUCUUUGUAUGCUACAUGACUUGUACUGACGAUAUGACUCCUUUCUGU